AUGUCUGUGGUGAAGUCCAUUGAAUUAGUGCUGCCCAAGGAUGCGGUCUACCUGGCCGGCUCCAGCAUAAGAGGGCAGGUGGUUCUAACUCUGAACAGCACCCUGGUGGACCCCAUCGUGAAGGUGGAGCUCGUGGGAAGAGGUUACGUGGAGUGGAAUGAAGAAAUUGGCGCAUCCCGCGAUUAUAGCCGAGAUGUUAUUUGCAGCAACAAGGCUGACUAUGUGCACAAGACAAAGACAUUCCCAGUGGAGGAUAAUUGGUUAAGUGCAGGCAGCCGCACCUUUGACUUCCAUUUCAACUUACCUCCCAGGCUCCCUUCUACCUUUACCAGCAAAAUUGGCCACGUCUUUUACUUCGUGCAGGCCUCCUGCAUGGGUCGGGAGCAUAUUCUAGCCAAGAAGAGAAGGUACUUGUUGGUUCAAGGGACUUCUUCGGAUUUCCACGCAGAAAACACAUUGCAGAAUCCUCUGUUCGUGGAGGCUGAGAAAAAGAUCUCCUACAAUUGCUGCAGCCAGGGCACCGUCUGCCUGCAGAUCCAGAUGGAGAAGAACACCUUCACGCCAGGGGAGAGGGUCAUUUUCACCACGGAAAUCAACAACCAGACCGGCAAGUGCAUCAAGACGGUCAUCUUCGCCCUCUACGCCCACGUGCGGUGCGAGGGCUUCACAGCCAACGCAGAGCGACGCUCGAGGGUGGACAGCAUCGAGCUGCUGCGGCAGGAGGCCCACACCCGAAUCACACCCUUCAACACCACCAAGAUCGUCAGCACUUUCCACCUCCCGCCCGUGCUGUCCGUGAGCGGCGGCACACAGGACAGCGAGAUCAUGAGCACCCACUACGUGCUGGUCGGCACCGCCCACCUGCCCUGGUCCCUGACCAGCGUCAAGGUCGAGGUGCCUGUCGUUAUCACCAGAGCCCCCGUGGACUCAGACGGCCGCGGGCGGCUAGACGGGAGCCCUGUGACCGUGAGCCUGGAUCAUCAGAAUUAAAUGCCCAAACGUCUGAAUACUUAAAGUUUUAUCAGGCUCUAAGGCAGGGCCUUCCUUUGCCUUGUGCAGAUGGCCUUCACACGAGUCCAGGCUGGGGCGGCAUGUAGCCUGCAACUUGCCAAGCUCCAGCCGUGCGGUCGUCCAUGUCUCCCGGCCCAAGAAAGAGCACUCAGUACCGGUAGAGGACAAAGCCUUCCAGACUGACAGAGCCUUCCAGGACCGCACCCCGCUUAGCACCCCAGACCCGUCUGCUUGCUGGCUCUCACAGUGCCAAGACCAGGGAUCCCCAACUGGGAGCGACUCUGCCCUCCAGGGGACACUGGCAAAGCCUGGUUCUCUUGGUUAUCCC